AUGAAGUACUGACUGAAAAGCUCAGAGUUUAUUGUAAAUACAAUCUUCAUAAACAGAAUGACUGACCUUUUUGUUGCUGCAGAUUAAUGUUUGCAUCACUAGAAUGGAUGGAAAGGAGGAGUUUGCCAUUGAACCUAAGAUUACAGGGGAGCAGCUGCUUUACAAGGCCGCCAAGACAAUCGACCUGCGUGAGAUCUGGUUCUUUGGACUUCAGUUUAUUCAUAGAAAAGGAUCCACAAGGUGGCUAGGGCUUAAAAAGAAGGUAAUCUCUCAAGAUGUAAAGAAAGAGAGCCCCCUGCAAUUUAAACUCAGAGUUCGGUUUUAUCCACUGGAUACAGAAAAGGAGCUGAUCCAAAACAUCACCAGGAAGCUUUUCUUCCUGCAGGUGAAGGAGGACAUUCUCUCAGGAAAUAUCUGCUGCCCUCCAGAUAUUGCAGAGCUCUUGACCUCCUGUGCAGAAAUGUAUGAGCAGCACAACAAAGAAGAGGCUGUGAUCGAGUAUCUAAAAAUCGCACAAGGUCUGGCGAUGUUUGGUGUUACUUACUUUGAGAUUAAGGACAAGGCUGGCAGAGAGCUGUGGCUGGGAGUGGAUCUACAAGGUAUUAAAGUCUAUCCAAAGGAAAACAGGGUCACCCCUACAACUCGAUUACGAUGGAAUGACAUGAGAAACCUAAGUUACUCUAACAAGGAGUUUACCAUCAAGCUCACGGAUGAGAAAUUUCCUGAUUUGAAAUAUACCCUACAGUACAGCCAUGUAGCCAAGAGCCUCCUAAACCUCUGUUUGGGAAACCACUCCUUGUGCAUGCGUCACGAAACUAAGAGUGUGGAUGUCCAGCAGCUCAGGGCUCAGGCAAAAGAACAGAGUCCAUGGAAGAAACAAGCAAAGUCAGGGCUAAACUAAUCUCACAUUGAAUCUGUUUCGAAAGACUAAUUAGGUCAUUAAUUUUUAUAAAGCUUUGCUCUCCUUACUCGUGGUCACAGGCAUAAAUGUAGAAUUCAGAAUUCAAUUAAAUAAUCAAAGGGCCUGAUCUGCAAAAGGUUGAUGUGAAUACAAAUGUGCAAACUGGAUUGGAUGUAAAAAGCUGAUCUACUAGAAAGGUGUAAAUCCAGUGACCUGAGUAAAAUUAGCAUCACAGUGGGCUCAACCUGUCUGCAAAAAGGAUUGCAGUGAGACCUGGUGGUGGGCUGGGUAUGAUGGAAGGGGAGGACUUUGCAGACCUAAGCGAGUAGUGAGGGUCUGCUGGGAACGUCAUGUUGCGCUCUUGGCCAUGGAUGUGUUCCACUGAUGUACUCUUGAAGAUGUGUGGUCUAUAGGAGUACGGAGUCAGAAGCCAUAUACUAGGGGCUAUCCAGUUUCUGUAAGUGGAGCAGGGGUUCAGUCUACAUUACCGGCAUUAAGUCUUGUUUCCGGUGCUGAACUGCCCUUUGUCGAGGUCUUCACCUAACCUUUAUGAACAGGAUUUCUAGGUGCAGCCAAGGGCCAUAGGAGGUCUGCUUUAGGGACCAGCUGAUUUUGUCCCUUUUUUUGCUGAAAAUGUGGUUCUGCUGACUCCCUCCUGCCAAGACCUAUGGCAUGCACUGGGUGGUUCGCAGUUGAGUGUGAAAAGGCUGGGAUGAGAAUGAACUCCUCCAAGUCUGAGGCCAUGGUUCUCGACGGGAAAAAGGUGGCUUGUCACCUUCAGGUUGGAGAGUUCCUGCCUCAAGGGGAGGAGUUAAAGUAUCUUAGGGCCAUGUUCACAGGAGAGGGAAGAAUACAGCAGGGGAUCGAUAGACUGAUCUGUGCGGCUGCUGCUAAACUGAAUAUGCUGCAUUGGUAUGUUGUGGUAAAGAGAGAUGAGCAAAGAUGCAAAGCUCUCGAUUUACAGGUCGGUCCACAUUCCCACCUUCAUCUACCGUCAUGAAAUUUGGAUCAUGACCGAAAGAAUGAGACAGAGGAUAAAAGCGGCUGAAAUUAGUAUUCUCAGCAGUGUGGCUGAGCUCUCCCUCAGAGAUAGGGUGAGUGGCUCUGUCUUUCGAGAGAGGCCGGGAGUAGAGCUGCUCUCCUCCACAUCGAAAAGAGUUAGCUGAGGUGAUUCAGACAUCUUAUUUGGUCUGGAGGUGUUCCAGGCAAUUCCCAAUAAGAGGAGGCCAAGAGGACGGCCCAGGACAAGCAGGAGGGACUUCUCCAAGCAGAGCUGGAGGAGGUGUCUACAGAGAGCAAAAUCUCUGCUGCGGUUGCUUCCCCCACGACUUGGUCCCCGGAAAAAGCGGAUAAAGAGGAAGACAACGUUACAUGGAAAGACAUGGAAAAAUUAACCCAAAACAACAAGCUGCAAUGUGGAAGAAAAGGAUAGCCUAAUUAUGAUAUACAUUUCUUUAUAUUUGAACAUUUAUACUUUAGAGAGACAGAUUUUAUUUGUCAUUUUGUGUACACAAGUGUAAAACAAAAAGAAAUUUCGUUUGGUAACAGCUCACUGGACAAUUUCAUCUUUUUUAAACUGCAGUCUUGAAAAAUAGUAGAAAUUACUCUAAAUUUACAGUUCCAACUUUUUGUUUUUGUUUUGCUAUCUGAGAUUUAUUAACCCAAUCAAGCUAUGAGACAGAUUUUAGUCAAUGUAUGUUUUCUUGAUUUUGUGGUCCUUACUGUAAUUUGGCCGGGACACGGAACAUUAAACUUAACCAAAACAUGUUCAGUUUUAUGCAAACACAUUUACGAUAUUAAAUUCUAGUCAAUUCAUUAUCUAAAAAGCGAGGCAGUUAUUUAUUUUAAAUUUUUACAGAGGACCAGGUUCAUAUGAAUAUCUUUUAUCCCCCUCAUGAUGUAAAUCAUUUUAAAAAAUGCUUUUUGUGACAGUUUUUUUAUCUUGGCGAAAGAGUUACUUGAUUAUCUGAACAAUUUGGACAUGAGAAAUAAUGAUGUAAUUUAUCGUAAUAUAUCCCAAUAUAUUAACAAAUACGAUAUAUUGUGUUUUUUAAAUAAUAAUAUAGCUCUAGAGAAUCUAACAGGAUCUUGUGGUCCUCGACUAAGGCAGGUGCAAAGCAACUGAAUAAUAGGCUCUUGGGUGAUGUGUUGCCAACUAGUGGAUGGAGGUUUGGUAGUAUUCCAAAAAUAACACAAUGAAAUAGAUGUUUGCCAAAAUUUUUUUAUGUUUAAGAUCUAUUUGGCUGUAUAUUAAAUCAAACUAAAAAAACAUGGUGAUAUGUUUUAAAUUGGAGCACAUAUUAUCUAAUCAAAAAGAUAU